AUGGCAGCCAAAGGAACAUCUGAUAAUACACCUGGAAAACGACGCAAAUUAGCGCUUAUAAUCGGUAUUGGUGAUUAUAAACAUGUCAACGAGUUAAAAAAUCCAGCAAACGAUGCGAAACAAUUGUCAUCUCUGUUGAAGCGUAUUGGUUUCAAUACCGAUCAACUACAAUGGGAUAAUCCACAAUUGGAUAAAACUUGUAAACAAAUGAAACAUGUUCUUAUCGAAUUUGAAGACUCAAUAAAACCCAACGACAUAGUCCUAUUUUAUUUUGCUGGACAUGGGGUACAAUGGGAAGACCAAAAUUAUUUGCUGCCAGCAGACGUUCCUGAUAUAAAUACAAUAAAUUCAGAAAAGGAGAAAGCUGAUACUUUAAAAACGCAUGCCAUCAAUGCACAAGAUGUUCUUAACACAUUAAGUGAUCGAAAGCCAUACGUAACGAUUUUUCUUUUAGAUUGUUGUAGACAGUAUUUUUUAAGGAAUGCACAGUCGAAUACACGCGCCUUGAACAAAAGCGAUCCUAAAUCCAUAGGUUUAACAGAAAUGCAUAAAGCAGGUGCGUUAAUUGCGUUCGCUUGUGCACCUGGUACAUUAAUAGAUGAUAGAUCGGCCGAGAACAAUAGCUUAUUUAUGGAGCAUCUUCUGAAACACAUUGCAACUCCAAACGAAGAUAUUAUAAAUGUAUUACGUGACGUGACUGAUGGAGUCAUGAGAGACUCAGGUGAAAGACAGAUUCCAUUUAUGAGCGUUCAAUUAAGACAUAAAAAUAUCUAUUUAUGUGAACAAUCGACAGUACCACUCCGUGCGAGUUCUACUGAUAUUCCUCGGAAUGCAAAAUGGAAACAGAAUGGUAUUACUAUGGCUGGAGGAAAUGGAGCAGGUGAUAAAAUCAAUCAACUCUAUUUCCCAUGGGGCUUAUACGUCGACGAUGAUCAAACAAUAUAUGUCUCUAAUGCUUCAAACAAUCGUAUUAUGAAAUGGAAAUUUGGUGCAACGAAUGGAAAAGUGAUUGCCGGUGGAAAUGGCGAAGGAAAUAGAGCUCAUCAGUUGAACAGUCCAUCAGAUGUUAUUAUUGACAAAAAGACAGAUAAUCUCAUCAUCAGUGAUACCGAGAAUAAAAGAGUAGUUCUAUGGCCUCGUCAAAAUGGCACUAGUGGAAAAACAAUUGUUUCGAAUAUCUCAUGCAUCGGUUUGACAAUGGACAAUGAUGGAUUUCUUUAUGUUGCUCAUCGUGAUGAACAUGAAGUGGCACGAUAUGAAAUUGAUGAUCCAGAUGGACAAGUGGUUGCAGGUGGCAAUGGAGAAGGAAAUCGUUUAGAUCAACUCUCUGGUCCUACCUACAUAUUUUUCGAUCGAGAUCAUUCAUUAUACGUGUCCGAUUAUCAUAAUCAUCGUGUAAUGAAAUGGGUAAAAGGUGCAAAACAAGGUGUUGUCGUAGCUGGUGGUCAAGGACAAGGCAAGAGUCUUACACAAUUAUCAUAUCCUGAAGGAAUCGUUGUCGACCAAUCGGGUACUGUGUAUGUGGCUGAUUCUUGGAAUCAUCGAAUCAUGCGUUGGUUAAAAGGUGCCACAAAGGGAAGUGUCAUUGUUGGAGUAAAUGGUCCAGGAGCACAGUCAGAUCAACUAAAUUGUCCUAUGGGUUUAUCAUUCGAUCGACACGGAACAACACCACGUACUGGAAUGCCAUUGACCACAAAAACAACCAGAUUACCAUUAGCUAUAAAACCAUCGAAUAGUACCAUGUCAUCGUCUUCAUCGUCUACAAAUCAGACAUUGUCACCGACGACAGCUAAUGCUGCUACUAAUUCACCAUUAUCCUCAAUCAGUCAAUCACCAUCAUCAUUACCUUUGUCAAAAGAUACGAAAUUGUCUUCAAUUAUGACAACACGACAUAAAACAAGUACAAUGAAAAAAACAAAAUCUAUAUCAAAAGCAGAAAUUAUUAAAUCCGAACUUGAUGAAGAAAAUAUUGAUAAUGAAAGUGGUACAGAAGCACAAUAUGAUCUUGCAACAAGUAUCGAAGAAAGUGGAGGUGUUGAUCAGUUUUUAGAAACUCCAUGUAUGAUUUUAUAUAAACGAAAUUUAACAAAUCAAGUUGAUCUUGAAAAUUAUAUUUUAAAACAUCUUUCAUCAUACAAUACAAACAAAUGUUUAUUUGCUGGUGUCAAAGGUACAGAUGAACUUAAACAAAAAAUAAAUGAAUUUUAUCGUCAACAUCGAAAAAAAUCGAUGGAAUCAACAAUUUUAUUCAAAGGAAAUUCAUCAAGAACGACAAUUACACAGCAAAUCUUACUUAAGAAGGGAAAACUUUAUUUAUAUGUUGAUGGAGUAAUGAAAAAUAAAACAUCGAGAAAUAAAAGAAAAAGAGUUUCCGUUGAUUUAGGUUCAGUACGUGAUGUUGAAAAAGUUCAUGGAAAUAAAUGUAGUGGUGAUGAUAGAAAAUCUGAAACUGAUUUUUCGACUAAAAACUUGAAAUAUGUAAAGUCUCGAAGCAAUAAUGAUAAUGAAGAAGAAAAAUCAGAUGUUGAACAUACUGAUGAUGAUGCAAGUGGAACAGUGAAUGAUGCAACAGCAAGUGAUUUAGAAGAAGGAAAUGAAAAAGAAGAAGAACAAAAUAUGAUUGAAGUUGAAAUUGCAGCUGAAGAAACAUCCCAAACAAAUGUUUUAGUUGGUGGUACAAAACGUAAACAUAUAAACUGGCGAGGUGGUUCUAAGAAUUGCGGACUUUACUUAUUGUUACACAAAAAUGAAGAAGUUAAAGAAUGUGUGAAUAACGUUUUGAGUUAUGGACGUGAACAUGGUGUUUUAUUAACCGGCGUGCAAUUAAAAGUGUUAUUGGACAUACAAAAUGUCGAAAUUACUAAAGAUAGAGCCAAUGCUAUUGUUCAACUUAUUGCAAGCAAUGUAGAAGUUGUUAGUAAUCCACAUUUCGUAGCACCCACAGCACAAAAGUCGCUUUUCGAAUAUUAUGGUGAAAAUUUCGAAUUAGGUGCAGUGUUUCCUGCUAAAUCGAUACCAAUUCCACGAGCAAUAAUGAUCAAAUGUCGAGAGGACGAGAAGAAAAGGAAAAAAGCUGGUGGUGGUAACAAACGUAAAAAAGAAGAAAAACAACCUAUGGAAAUGAUGAAGGAAAAACAUUCAACAACCUACAAUAGUGAAGAUAAUGAAGUGAUGGAAAUUGAUGAUGAAAAAUUAAAUGAAAAUAAGAUCAACUCACUUGAUAAUAAACAAGAUAAUAAAAAAGAAAAUAAAAAUUAUUGGAAGGAAACUGUCAUUAAUAAUGAUUGUCUAGAUGGCAGUGAUAAUACUGAUAUUAAUUCAACAUCAAUUGAAUCAAAAAUAAAAAAUGUUGUUGAACGAUGUCCUUCUCCAGAUCCUGGGGAAACAUUUUCUUCAAUUACAGUUAAUACAAACACUCAAUUAUCACCUUCAAAGUGUACAAUAUCUACAAAUAAUCCAGCAUCAUCAUCUGAUACUCUACAUUCAGCUUCACCUCAACAUUCAAAGACAGUUGAUAGUACCAUCAACACAUCACCACUUCCACAACAACAAAGUCCACCAUCACAACCAAAACAAAAGAAUGUUUCUCCUAAAAACGUUAGCACUGCUCACGAAACACCAAAAUGUUUCAAACGACGAUCAUUCGGCUUACGUUCAAAGAUAAAAAAGAAACAAUAUCAAUUACCAAUCGUCAAACCAAGUAAACGUAAGCAAAAUGAUGAAGAUACAAAUACAGCACCACUUGCUAAUCCAUCAAAAAAAAAAAAAUUAUAUUCAUCACCAUUUCUUUUUAUGAUGUACAACAUUAAUAACAUCAUUCAAUCUGCUACAUCCGUUCCUCUGCUGCCUUCAAAUACAUCGUCGUCAUCAACAACACCAUUAUGUCAUUCUCAUUCUAUUGUUCAAAAUCCAACAUUAUUAGCAUUUCAUACACCAUCUUCUUCAUCACCAUUGUACAAUCCUUCACCACCAUCUCAACAACAGUAUUAUCAAUCAUAUUCAUAUCCACCUCAAUCACAACUAUUAUCACAACGUGAUUGGGAAAUGAUAUUAUCAUUAAGAAUGAUGAAUAAUCUAAAUAUGUUACCACCAUUUCAGCCACCAUCUUCUGCAAUUUAUCGACAAGCAGAUGAUACAGUAUCGUAUCAACCCUCAUCAUCUGAUCAAACUGGUCACCAGAUACAACAAUCGACAUAUUAUGCAACAAAUGUUCCAUCAAUUCAUUCAUAUACAGCAUCAACAAUAACAACAACAUCAACAUCACAACAAUUGUUAUAUGCUCCAAAUACUGAAUGUUCCACUACACAAAUACAGCAACCAUUUACAACAGCUGCUACAUUACCAACAACAAUUUCAGUACAAACAGUACCAGGGCAAAUAUCUUUAUCUUCACAAAUACCAUCAGGUCACCCGAAACAUUCACCUAUGCUACAAUUACAAUCAGGGUCUUCGCCUCCCGCUUCACCACCAUCAAUAAUUAUUUCACCGGUACAACAACACCAACAGAAAUCUGCAAGUCGAAGUUUAUCAGCUUCUCCUGAACAACGUCAAUCAACUUCUCCUCGACAACAUCAACUAGUUCAUCCACAAACACCGACAAUCUUUCACUACCAACCAACGAUAACAGGACCAGCUGUUGAAUUACUUGAUCCAACAAAACCGUAUAAAAUUGGAGAUCCAAUUAAAGCUGGUGGGCGUACGUUACAAUCAGAUACAUCAUCAAUCAAAUAUUGGAUUGAAGAUGAUAUAACAGUUACAGAAACAGCAAGUGGAAAACAAAUACUGAAUAUGGCUGGAUAUUCCUAUUUCGUUAAAAACUAUGGAAAAAAUUUUACAACAUGGGAAUGCGAAUAUCGACGUAAUUACCAAUGUUCAUCAAUAAUUGUUCGAUCAUCAGAUCCAACUGUGAAAAAUUAUUUUCGGAUUUAUUCUAUUCAAGGCCAACAUAUCCAUGAACCAGCACCAAAAAAUGUUGAAAUUCGAAAAUUUAAACAACGUAUAAGAGACCGUUGUCGACAAGAAUUAUCUACUCCACGAACAAUUUAUGACAACGAAUUGAUGAAAGGAAAAUAUUCAUCUGAAAUGUUAAAAAUUUUGCCAACGUUUUACAAUAUGCAAGCACAAUUAUAUCGUAUUCGUCAAGAACAUUUACCACCAUCACCAACAGAUCCAAAUUUCAUCCUACAUCCAGCAUUUACAUCUACAGAUCAAGGAGCAAGAUUUUUAUUGUAUGAUUCAAAUUCUGUUCAAUCACCAUAUGAAUCAGCACCAGCUAAAGUCGGUCGUUUAAUAAUUUAUGCUAGCGAUUUACAAUUGGAUAUUUUAUCGAAAUCCAAACGUAUCGGUAGCGACGGAACGUUUGAAACAGCUGCAAAAAUGACUCGUCAAAAUUAUAUCAUAAUGGGUGAAUUUGAAGAACAACAUCCUGUACCAUUAGUCUUUUGUUUAUGCGAAUACCAGAAUUACGAAACUUAUGAAUUAAUCAUAAAAGUGUUGACAACAGCUAUUCGCAAUUUAAAAUUAGAUUUUAAACCAAUAUAUUGGAUGAGCGAUUACGAAGCUGGUUUAACAAAAGCGAUUAAAAAACAGCUACGAAAUACAAAGUUGUUGGGUUGUGCGUUCCACUAUAAUCAAGCAAUUUAUCGAAACAUUCAAAGUAAAGGUUUACAAGAGGCUUAUCAAAAUAUAGAAGUGGUUCGACAAAUUCUGCGUCAAAUUAUGGCGCUGGCAUUCAUUCCAAAUGAUCAAAUUAGAAUAGCAUACGAUGACGUGAUUGUACCACAACUAAAUAAUGUUCCAUCAAGACCAGGAUCUAUUCGUCGAAAAUUACGUGAAUUUUUGAAGUAUUACGAAUCAUACUGGUUGACAAAGAUUUAUAAAUUUUGUGUAUUUGAUCAACCAAUAAGAACAAAUAAUGGUCUUGAAGGAUACAAUAAUAAAAUGUCAGCUCAACUAUCAGCUCAUCCACAUCUUUAUCGUCUUAUUGUAUGGUUUGAAAAAGAAGAAUUACUUGUACAACAAUUAGUAAUGAAAGUGAUUUCAGAUGUACCAGUUCACAAACGAAAACGAGCACCAAAAACAGUUCUUAUUGAUGGUGCUCUGCAAUCUUUAUGGAAUAGUUAUAAUGCUGGAACACUUACUUUAGAAACAUUAUUAUUGGAAUCAUCGAAAUGGAUAGCAAGAAAAGCUUGA